AUGUCCUGCUACAACCCGUGCCUGCCAUGCCGGCCCUGUGGCCCAACCCCGCUGGCCCACAGCUGCAAUGAGCCCUGUGUCAGGCAGUGCCAGAACUCCACUGUUGUCAUCCAGCCCUCUCCUCUGGUGGUGACCCUGCCCGGCCCCAUCCUCAGCUCCUUCCCACAGAACACUGUUGUGGGCUCCUCCACCUCUGCUGCUGUUGGCAGCAUCCUCAGCUGUGAUGGAGACCCCAUCCACUCUGGGUGCUGUGACCUCUCCUGCAUUGCCAGCCGCUACUGUGGCAGAAGGUGCCCUCCCUUGCUAAAGGUGAUUGCAACAGCCACAGACAAGGACGCCCAGGAACUCAGAGCAUGA